UUCCGGGGUCGCUCACCACCAGCCUGCUGUCAGCAGGAGAAAGGUUAAUCUGUAAGUGGAUGUAGUGUCUGUGGAGCGCUGUGAUGCCCCUGGAGGUCAGAUGGCCGUUUCCACAAUGCCCUCCUCUGGCAUGGAGGAUCUCCAGCUCCCUGGUUAUGGGGAUGGUGGGCUCUUAUUCCUACUUCUGGACCAAGUACAUGAACUACUUGACGGUCCACAACCAUAAGGUUUUGUUGGACCUGGUUGACCAGAGGCCCCCUGAUACACCCCUCAUCACUGUGUCCAACCACCAGUCCUGUAUGGAUGACCCGCACAUCUGGGGUGUACUAAAGCUCAGUCAGCUGUGGAACUUCAAUAAGAUGCGAUGGACUCCAGCCGCAUCUGACAUCUGUUUCACAAAAGAGCUGCACUCAAGAUUCUUCAGCCGUGGAAAGUGUGUUCCUGUCUGCAGGGGUGACGGUGUUUACCAGAAAGGCAUGGAUUUUAUUGUGGAAAAGCUGAACAGAGGAGAAUGGGUUCACAUUUUUCCCGAAGGCAAAGUCAACAUGACAGAAGAAUUUAUACGGUUAAAAUGGGGUGUGGGUCGACUAAUAGCAGAGUGUUCCCUUAAUCCAGUUAUCCUGCCACUUUGGCAUGUGGGUUUGAGUGACGUUCUGCCAAACGAGAAGCCCUAUGUUCCUCGGACUGGCAAGAGAAUCACAAUCCUGGUUGGGAAACCGUUCAGUCUGAAAGACCUUGUUGAAUCACUCCGAGACGAAAACAAGAGCCAGAUGGAAAUAAGAAAGACCUUGACUGAUUUUAUCCAGGAGGAGUUUCUAAGCCUGAAAGCCCAGGCCGAGUCCCUCCAUGGGCAGAUACAGACCCAAUCCUAAGUCCCUGCCGUCCCUCUUGCUACAUGAUGAUCCUCUACCCUAAACUGAGGGUAACGCCUUCUCUCCUGGACGUCCACCCACACACUAUCCACUCCCUCCCCUUUGCUCUACUGAAUCACACACGUCCACUCUGAAAUUCCCAAUGAUCACACUUCUGAACAUUUUGGGCAAUGUUUUGGAGUCCCUUCCAAUUCAUGUUGGUGAAACAAAAACUUGUUUGUAAAUGAUAAAAAACUGGCAUCAUUUAGAUUUGUAUUUAUAUAUAGCAAAUGCAUCAUUCACUCGCUGCAAUAGGCUCUGAUCCACCAUCAUCCUGAAACAGGGUGAUCCAUUCAGAAAAUAGAUUUGACAAUUGAGUUACUUGAAUUCAUACCUAUCAAAGCUGUGACCUCAAAGCAGCCAGAGUCACGUAAUUAACUGGUCAUUCUAACUGCUCAGAUGUGUUUCAUUUUUAUAAAUCAGGAAGUAGUGUGUCUAUUUUAUGAAUGGAGUGAGGAUUCAGCAGACUGGAGUCACUGACCAUGACUAUCACUUUAAAGUUACAGUCUAUAAUUUCUAUAUCUAAGGUUUCAGUCCCCUGUGGAUACUGGUCAUAACAGCAAGUGUAAUACUACAGCUAACACUUGUUUAGCAACUACUUUCUAUAAGAAUUACAACAAAAGACAAGCAGGUGUAAUUGUUUACAGCGAAGCCAAAUUAACUCAGGUUGUUUUGAUAAGGUUAUCAGCCUUAUGACAUCAGAUUUAACAGGCGUCUGAUUUCAUGCUGAACACAGGACAGGUAGAUUACAACCAAACGGCAGGACACAGUAAAAGCAGUUGGACUUUGCAGCCUUUUGCUUCAGUUCUUCAUACUGAGGCUGCCACUUCUGGCUCCAAUACUACGAUCACUAUAAAUUGUUUCUUGUGGUGGCUUCACAUUAAAAGCUUGUCUGUGUUGUGCCACUGGAACACUUUUAAAUGAAAGCAUCAGCAGUAACUUAAUCCUGCUCUGAUACAGCUAUUGGAGCAGCAGCAGGGAAGUGGCUGAUAUCAAGGAUAAAAUACAAAGUAAGAAAAAAAAAGGACUUCAUGAAACCGCUGUGGAUUUAUACGUAAACAAUCCAAAGUUGGAAAAUUAAACUUAUGCAUUGAGUGUAGUUUAUAUGCCAUUUUCACAUUUAAGAAUGAACAAAAAAAACGUUGUUGAAUGUACUCCCAACAUUUGCAGAAUAGUUCCAUAUUGGUGAAACCCAUUUUGAGUACUUUACAAAAAAACUAGUGUUUGUUUAAACUCUAUAUAUUAGUAUGCAGUGUGAUGUAGAUUUAUAAAUAAUGAUCUAAUUAAGACUUCUAAUCAGCACUGUACUGCAUGGUUAAUAUUUACAGCUUAAAGAUGCAUGCAGAGUAAAUGAUCAAAAGGGUGGUACGAUGAUUGUAGAUUCAUUUGAUUUGCUUAUUUUCUGUCCAUGCAGCUUUAAAUGGGUCGACUGUGAAUUUAUAAUGUCCAUAAUAUCCCAAUGUAUCCUCCCCUCUCUCUUAUUCCUUAAGCAUACAUGUAAAUUAAGUUAUCAAAUAUUGUAUUUUAGUAAUGUAGAUACUUUCUUUUCUUUACUUUCUAAGUAUUAGACUGCAAGGUUUUCUUUAGGUCCGUUCAACCUGUGAAUGCUACAUCGUUACAGAUGUACAUACUUUGUUUUAUCACAGAGAUCAAUCACUUUUAUAAGGGAGGAUAAGCCACAGCUUAGUGAUCUGUGGUUGCUAUGAAAUGUAUUGCCUUACUGUGAUUGCCAUUCUUUCCUACUGUAUGUGAAUGCCAAUAAAUAUUCAACUUUUCUAAAUUUGAA